AUGGGUGGGAGCCGCGGGCGGCGGGCGGCGAAGGGCCUGGCCCCGGCAGGCCGGCGGGAGGGACGGAGGCGGGCGGCGCCGGGCGGCGAGGACGGGUCUCCUUCGCGUGGGGAGGAGGAGCGGGGCGGCGAGGCGGGCCCCCCCCCGGCCGGCCCGCCCUGCCCGCUGGCCAUGUGGGACUUGGGCCAGUGCGACCGGCGGCGCUGCACGGGGCGGCGCCUGGCGCGCCAGGGGCUGGUGCGGACGCUGCGGCUCGGGCAGCGCUUCGGGGGCCUGGUGCUCAGCCCCGCCGCCGCCCGCUGCGUCUCGCCCGCCGACAGACAGGUUGUGGCUCAGCACGGAGUUGCCGUGAUUGACUGUUCUUGGGCAAAGCUGCAGGAGACGCCAUUUCACAAGAUGAGGGGAAACCACCUCCGGCUGCUGCCGUACUUACUAGCCGCAAAUUCAGUGAACUAUGGCCGACCGUACAAGCUGUCCUGCGUAGAAGCAUUUGCUGCUACUUUCUAUAUUGCAGGGUUCUCAGACAUUGCCACAACUCUCUUGCAAAAAUUUAAGUGGGGAAUGGUGUUCCUGGAUCUGAACAGGGACCUCCUAGAGAAAUACGCAGCCUGUAACCAUGAAGAAGAAGUGCUGAAAGUAGAGAGAGAAUUUCUGGCCACCGCUCCAGGAGAAGAAGAAAUAGACCCUUUCGAUGUUGAUUCUGGGAAAGAGUUCUGCAAUCCCAACAGGCCUGCCAGAGGAGUGAUUACUGCUGAUGAAGAAACAGAUGAUGAGUCGAGCAGCAGCAGUUCAGAAGAACGGGAAUGA